UCCACAUUGCACUCAGAGGUUUGGAUGCUGAGUAAUUGCUGCAACACACGCGGAGAUAUCGGCAUUGUGAGCCGAAGGCGGUGAUCCAACGACCUCAUAUUUAAGCUCAACUCAAAGGGAAAGGGUUAUACUAGUGGUUUGGAUAAGGUAUCGGAUCAGCUGCCAUCAUCUACUGGAGAUUGACGAAUUGCAACUCACUCAGCAUGAUUACCACCACACUCUCGUCAACUGCAACAUGGAUGCAGCUCCAGGCUACAUUCUCGGAGAGAGGGCUGAUCACCGUUCUCUUGACUUUUUUGAGUAUCAUUGCCCUCAUAAUUUUGACUGACUAUGCUCACAUGGUAUACCUUCACUUCAAGAUGCCACCUGGCCCUUGGCCACUACCAAUCGUUGGCAACACUUAUUCUCUACCAGACAACAAACCUUGGGUCUACUUCGAGGAGCUUUCAAAGAAAUACCAUGCUCCUGUUAUCACCUUUUGGAUUGGUCGAAAUCCAACAGUUUGGAUUUGUGAUGCGUGGGCUGCCUCAGAGAUCAUGGACAAGAGAGCAGGAAUCUACUGUUCAAGGCCCCGUAUGGUUGUCUUUGGCGAACUUGGAACAGGUCAAAUGAAUCUAGUUUCCAUGUAUUACGGCCCUCGAUGGCGCAUACAUCGAAAACUGACCCAUAUGGGUGUUGGACUCCAGCAGGUCCGCAACUAUCGCCCGUUCCAGAAUGACGAAAGUAUGCUUGUUGCGUACAAUAUUCUCCGCACGCCAGAACUGUACGAGAAGCAUUUGGAAAGAUAUGCUGCAAGUGUUGUAUCUAUCAUUGGGUUUGGAAGGCGGAUAUCGGAUAUUCAUGACCCAAUCAUCAGCGAAGUUUUGGCGGUGAUGAAAAGAGCUGCCGAGCUAAAUGUGCCUGGAAAGACCUUCCCAAUGCUUAUGGAAACAUUCCCAUUUCUGGCAAGAUUUCCCACUUCGAUUGCUCCGUGGAAGCAUGGGCUCGGGAAGCCGAACUCACGCGGCGGAAGCUUCUACUACUCACUAGCUGAAGAAGCUCGAGAUAGUCCGGCACAAGAGCAAUGUUAUGUGAAGAAAAUCUUCCAGGAAGCCCCCAAUUAUGAUUUGAAGCCAGAAGAGAUCGCAGCUUUGACAGCAAACCUCUUCGGUGCUGGCAGUGACACCUCUAGCUCGACUUUGGUGACCUUUAUUCUUGCAUGCUGCGCGUUUCCGGAAGUUCUCCCAAAGGCAUGGGAGGAGCUAGAUCGUGUUGUAGGACCCAGUAGAAGUCCAACUAUGGAUGAUGAGCCAAAUUUGCCAUACAUCAAGGCGUUUGUGAAAGAAGUGUUCCGAUGGCGAUCCGUCGCAAUUAUUGGUGGUCAGCCACACGCGCCAAUCCAAGAUGAUAUGUACAAGGGUUAUUUAAUUCCAAAAGGAACAUGGGUGCAAGGAAAUGUCUGGGCAAUUCAUCACAAUGAAAAGGAGUUUCCCGAUCCGGAUCGUUUCAACCCAAAUCGGUAUCUCAAAGAUGAUCCCGAGAGCCGACCUUUCCCAAACGAAAGAGGAUACAUGACUUUCGGGUGGGGUCGAAGAGUGUGCAGCGGUCAAGGCCUCGCUGAGCAAGGCACCUUCAUCACAAUCGCACGGCUUCUAUGGGCCUUCAACAUCCAGAAGGCACUAGAACUGGAUGGUAAGGAGAUUCCUGUUGAUAUCUUCAAUUAUACAAAUGGCUUGAACAUGAGACCAAAUCCAUUCCAAUGUCGCAUUACUCCCAGAACUCCUGAGAUCCGAGCCACGGUUGAUCGCGAAGGAGAGGAAGCUUUGCAGAGGUUAGCAAUCUAUGAUGGAGAGACAAAGUACCGCAUGAGUCAGUGGUAUACAAGGAAAUGAGGCCAGAGAUCUGAGUCACGAGUGUGAUGAAGUGGCGAGGGGUGAAACUGGAAGCAUUUUUUCCCAGGAGUAAAUUUCAAGCGGAGUCAUUGUUUGCAUACAUAAUUAAUUCGAGUUGUGUUUAUUGCAUCCUAAUAGACAUUAUAUCUUGCCC